AUGGCCUCACAGAAGGACCUAGAGAAGAGCUGGGAGGAGAAGCAGCACCCAGAGAUCAAGUUGGAGAAGCCCAAGUGCAGUCCCAAGGGAGAGGAGGAGGAUAAAGAGGAGAAGAUGGAGGAUGAUGCUGUAAAGAAUGAUGACUAUGAAGAGGAGGAUAAUGAUGAUGAUGAAGGUGACCAAGAUGAGGGGGAGGAAUGUAUGGAGGAGGAUGAACCUGGCUCCUGGCCCUUCGUCUGUGGUGACUGUAGCAAGAGGUUUAGCUGUAACUCAAAGCUCAUCCGGCACCGCCGCACCCACACUGGAGAGAAACCAUUCACCUGUGCUGACUGCGGCCAGAGCUUCACCCAGCGCUACAAUCUCAGCCGGCACUGCCUCACCCACACUGGAGAGAGGCCCUUCUCUUGUGACAGCUGUGGCAAGCGCUUCAGGCACAUGGCUCAUCUUAGGCAACACCACCUCACCCACACCAGUGAGAAGGCCUUCACCUGCAGAGACUGCGGCAAGAGCUUCAACCACAGCUCCACUCUCACCAUCCAUCGCCGCAUCCACACCGGAGAGCAUCUGUUCCCUUGUGCUGAGUGCGGCAAGAGCUUCACCACGAGUGCCAAAUUCAUCAGGCACCAACUCAUCCACAGCGGUGAGAAGCCCUACAGCUGUGCCGAUUGUGGCAAGAGCUUCACCCAGACGGGAACCCUCAGCCUACACCGUCGUGUGCACAUUAUGGAGAAGUCGUUCAGCUGUGCUGAGUGCGGGCAGGCCUUCAGACAUAGGUACACGCACAUUUGCCACCACCGCACACACACCGGUGAGAAGGCUUUCGCCUGUCCUGUCUGCGCGCAGCCCCCGGCAAAGGUUCCCCGCUCCGGGGGCUGUGGCGCUUCAGGACCGGCGGUGCGCAGGGGCCGCCAUGGUUCCCUCCCGUGGCCAUGGCUCACGCGGCAGUUGCCCCCACGCUCCGCGGCACCGCCCCCAGCCGGGCAGCAGUGGCAGUGUGCGGCAAGGCCUUCUGCAGCGCUGCUUCAAGGCCCGGGCGAGGCGGAGCGGAGCGGCACAGAGACGCACACAGGCAUAGGCACCGACACCAGCGUGGGGGGCACUUGU